AUGGAUGAGUUAAGGAAGUUAGUUUGGGAUGGUAAAAUAAAUGUGCAAAUAGCAGUUAAUCCACAAUUACUUGUUAAAGGUAUAAAUGAAAAGGAUGUUACGGUUAACUUAAGGAUACCAAGGAAUGCAUAUCUAAUGAAUUAUAUUGAUGAAAUACUUAAUGAUCUCCGAAAGUUUUUGAUUACUGAUAUUAAUUUCGAAGAGUUAGAUGGUAUGUUCUGGUUCGCAUAUGAGGGAAUUCCACUUUAUUGGAAUUAUCCAUUCGGUGCUUUAUAUGACUCAAUGGUAGGCAUUGACCCCUCUAUAAGAUAUGAUCAAAUGAAGCAGUGUAAUUCUAUGAUGAAUAUUUGGAAAUUACAAUUAAAUUAUAGUAAAGAAUAUCCAUCAGGCAUGAUUCCAAUUGUAGAUAGAGUAAAUCAAAUUCAGAAAUAUUGGAUGCACCAGUGGAAACAAGCAUGCUUUGUUUUAAACGGCACAUCAAAGCAAGUAAUGUCUUUAUCAUUAGUUCACUCUCAACAAUUUUGGAAAAGCAUUUUAAUGAGGGAUUAUAUUACAUUUUAUAAAAUUGCAUUAAAGAUUAUUCCUUCAAAACCAAGGCAUAUACCAUUAAUGAUUCAUCUCACAUUUCCUGAGAUACAAAUUAUACAGCCAAUUUGUAAAUUUGAGGAUGACAGUGGGAACCCACAAACUUUGAAAGAUAUGUUAAUGACGGAAUUACCAGAUAUAUUUAGUGUUGAUGAAACACCUAUAGCUAAAGUGGUCUCUCACGGAAUAGAAAUUCCUUUUGACAUGCCACUUUUUGCAUUAUAUGAAAGAUUUUUAAGUUGUGAUGCAUUUUUACAUCUGUCAAUAUGUAUGGUUACUGAUGAUGAAAUGAAACGUAAUAAAGUUUAG